UCGGUUUGUGAAUUAUUCCAUAGGCAAAAGAAGGACGUGGUGGCGGAACAACUGAAGAUCGAGAAGUUAGAGAAUGAGAUCGAGAAUUUAAGAUUGAUGCACAGCACAACUGCUAGGAACGAUGGGGCUUCCACCAGUAGAACGACAGUGAGAGACGAUGCGUUGUUGGCAAGGUUAAUUCAAGAGCAUGAGGAAAUAAAGGUGAAGGUGGAUGCUGCAACGGCUGCAAACAAGAGGGCUGAGCUGAUGGAGGAUGCGCUACGAGUGAUGAAACAACAACACGAGGCGGCUCUAUUAGAAGCGGAGAAUUGGAAACGGGAGGCGCUUCGUUCCGGGAACGAGCGGAGUCGGAGGGAAACUUCACCUACACCUGUGCAGCGUAGGUACUGGGUAAACUCCUGUAGCGGAACGCUCGGACGAGCUUUACGCUGAGCAAGAGGGCAUCUGGGAAUGCACUGUCCUCAAUCAGGUACGGGAUCGGGAGGGAAGCAGCUGCAAUUAAAGCAGUCAAUGCUGGUGGAAGCGGACAACAAACCAGGGGUCUGGUAUAUCAACUCGUCACAAUACAGAGGGUGGAUCUUCGACGACAAUCUGGAAACACCCAGGUGGGUCUGGGUUUUAAACAGCAGUCCCACGGUGAAGCCAAACAUCUACCCGUCGUACGAUAGCCAUUGGAGACAAGCCGGGGCGAAACGCAUGGAAGACAAAAAAGUAGGCUUCAUAACGAAGCCCAUGAUCGAUGAGGACACAGUGUUGGACGACAAACAGCGUUUGCAGACUAUGGCGGAACUGCACAAGCUGGGACAAGAGGCAGAACGGGCCUUCCUGGAAAACAGGAGGGCAAGGGAGGAGGCAGAAAAGAUAACAGGUGAAGAAAAGGGAAGGGAAGGAGGCGAGGGGGAGGGUAGUAGUAACUCCCAGGACAACGGAAAGAACACUAAGGAACAGAACAUUGAGAGGGAGGUAACCAGGGGGGGGAAGGAAGAUGGGGGCCCACAGGCAUCCACGAAGAGGAAACUUCGGGACCGGGAGGCAGCAACGCCAACAAGCUCAGGCCAGGACGCCAAGAGAUCCAACACAAGAGGAGGGGAAGAGGAAGAUCCAGCGGCGCGAGGAAAACAGCAAGGAAUGGACACGGAGGACACGACGUUAGAGUUAGGCAAAUCACAGAACGAGCAGAUGGAUACGCCGUCCUCAGCAACGGCGGAAUCAGCAGCAGCUUCAGCAGCGGCAUCAGCGUCAUCAGCCCCUCGAGGGAGGGAGGACACGUCAUCAGGUAGCAGCAGCUCAGCACACAGCCGACAUAAGGACGGGGGGGAAGAGCCAAUGGAAGUCUCAGCAGGAGGCUCUCAGGAAGGGGGGAUCAGCGGGUCAGAGGAAGAAAUGAAUCAGGACACGGAUGUUGAAUCAGAGGAGGACGCUGAGGGGGAAGAAUGGGAAGACGCAGAAGGGGAUGAGGAACCAGAAACUUUGGCACAGUGGAUCAGAACAGUUCAAGCUGAGAUGGGAGCGACAUGUCGAGUGCGAGACAACAAGGACCUCUCUGUUCACAACGCGAGCUACGCCAAGCAAUUCAUAUGGCCCAAAACCUAUCAGCCACAGGGCCUAAAGAGAUCAGAACAGAAAAGAAAAGCACAGCAGGAGGCAGCGGACAAGGCGAGCAACAAGGAGCAGGGAACGGAAGACUCAUCAGGAGAGCUCGAAGAGAGGGAGCAGAUUGAGGAGGAAAGGAGACCGACAACAAUCUUGGAGGCUCAAAUCAAUGUUCUCAAGGAUCAGAACAAAGAACUGGGGUGUGACACCAUCAAUUUGCAAAAAAUAGCUUAUGCCCCGCAUCCUGACAUAAAUGCAGCAGCCAAACUCUUCGCAAGGCACAUCCCGGGGAGGCGAGUUAUGUUGCCAUACCGCUGGAACAGUGGUAAUUCAGACUGGGAGGUAGCUAUCCAUCGGUCACUAGCUCUGAUCACAGCGAGGGACAGCCAGUGUACAAAGGCUGAACUCGGGGAACGGAUCACGAAGGACUUGCCUGACAAGGCGCAGCUAUGGGGUAGUACCACUGAGGACAGGGAGGAGUGUAAGGACACAGCGGGAGGCAAACUGACGCUGGACUACAGACCGAUCGCCUUCGAGCUACAGGAGAGGGCAAAACUGGCAGAGGGACUCAUGUGGAUGCCAUGGCAGGUGGUGGAAACGAUACCUUAUGGUCUUCUGGGCGGCACAAAAGUAGCUGAGUGGGUUGCAAGGGGAGCAGAGAUCGUCACCCGAACUGGACAGAAGAUAUUAACGCAACUAAGAUGGGUGAAAGCGAGCUACUGGGCCUGGGCGGCAAGGUCACAUUCAGCGGGCGUAGUAAUCUUACGAAACAAGAGAGCGGCUGCGGCAAACAAGAUAUCUCUACAGGAGGCCGUAGUGGAUGAAGGGGAGGGGCGUUGGAUAAAACUCAACUUCUCCUACCAAGAAGAGCAAUUUACCCUUUUCACAGUUUACUGCCCCAACUCACGGCGCGACAGAUCUGAAAUGCUUCAACAACUGCAGUCUCACAUGGAGUCUACAAGACAUAACAUAAUGGUGGGGGAUUGGAAUGCCACACUGGAACUAAGCAAGGACAGAUUGAUGGGAGGCAACCCGGGAAUGGGGGAUGAAACGUGGGGAGACGAGGCUUCGACAAUUCACGACCUCAUGACGGCCUGGUACCUAGUGGAUCCGUUUCGAUUACACUGGCCGGACCAGAAACAGUUCACAUACGUCAAAAGGAAUCGUAGCCAACAUAUAUCAGCUUUGCGUAUAGAUUUUUUCCUUAUCUCCGAGGGGGAGACCCGUGACAAGUUUUUAGCAUACUUAAGCCGCACGCUUAAGAGCGAACAAAUUCUAAUGUUGGAGGCCCCUUUAGCGCAGGAAGAGCUGAGGGAAGCACUAGACUCUGUGACCCCCAACAAAACGCCGGGAAAGGACGGACUAACAAGAGAAUUCUGGCAGGAGUUUUGGGAAAUACUGGGCGGAGAAUACGAGACCUACCUGAAUCAAGCCUGGUUGAAUGAGGGCCUAGGAAUAGAAGCCUCGACGGGAAUAGUCACGCUUCUCUACAAGAAAGGUGACCCUAAGGAUAUCAAGAACUACAGGCCGAUCACGCUGUUGACUCUUACCCACAAAAUUAUCGCUAAAGCUUUAGCCAAUAGACUGAGGAGGAUAACGGAUAGAUGUUUCCACCUUGAUCAAACAGGCUUUGUUCCGGGGAGGUUUAUCCUGGACAACGUGAUGACCCUCUCAGAAUCGGUCAGAUACAUAGCGAACAAAAGAUUAAAUGCAACUAUCCUCUUCUUCGACUUCGAGAAAGCUUACGACCAGGUCAACUGGUCGUUCCUACAGCAAUGCAUGGAAAAGAUGGGGGUGGGACCCAACUUCCGUAAAUGGAUAAGAGUAUUGUACAACGACUCUCACGGGCAAGUGCAGGUCAACGGUCACCUCUCCGGGAAAUACAAAAUGACCAGAGUGGGCAUGGAACAUAAAGGGAAGAGUUUCAGGAAUAACCACGAAAGUCAACAUUCUGCGGUACACAACCAAACUGGGCUACAAAUUAAGACGGAGGAAACCUUGAUCGACGACAAGAAACCAGGAGGAAGUGAAAGGCCAUUUCGAAAUCUGAUGAAACAGGCUUACUAUCUGGAUCUAAGGCCGACUCACAACCAGCUGAAGAUCCUGUUUUUCAAACAAGCGGCAGCACUCGGCCAAAUUGAAGAUUUAGCAGAUGAGAUCGAAAUCCGUCGAAGUACCCAGGGGGUUUCUUCUGAUGGUGUUUCUCAGGGUCAAGUUUCUGCUCCUGCUGCUGCUGCUGCAACUGGAAGUGGGACCAGCGCUGGUCCCGGCUCCUUGGGAUCACCAGAUUCUUCUCACUUGUCGCGUAUGCAGAUCACCACAACCGCGUCUGCCAGCUCUGAGAUUGGCUCAGGUCUUCAUGCUCUGGUGCGUCGACGGCGAUCGUCUUCAUCACAGCGACAUGGACUCAUGGUAUCUGCUGCUCCUGCAUCCGCAGUUGGCGCGUACUUCAGAAGAGUCACAGCAAAUGCUGUCAUAGAUGUGGACCUGGCAACAGGGCUUGCCUUAGAGUCAAAGAAUGCUCAACACACACUCUCAGACGGUUCAAGGCGUUUAAAGCCUGUGGCAGGGCCACUGCUGCGUGCGCCAGGCAAGAUCUCUGCCUGGGCAAGGGAUAUGAGGCGUUUCGAAGCUGAGCUGUUCACCAUGAAGCAGGACAAACAACCAGCGCGGAAGAAAUGGGAGAUAGGGGGAAAGAAGAAGGCAAAACAAGCAUGGGGAGAGAUGAACGAGGCCUUUCUGGAAGACCUUGAGGAGGAAGAGGAGGCGGAGAACGGGCAAGAGGAUGAUGGCGAUGAGGAGGGGGAUGGGGAGAAUGAACAGGAGAAGAGAGACGAGGAUGCAGAACAGGAGGAGGGAGAGGGGAACCAGGAGUCCGAGGGAGGGGCCAUGAAGAACAAGAUAUGGUCUGUGCAAUACAAUAUCCCGGAAAUCUCCCUCGAAGCAUGGACUGCAGAGUUUGUUGGCGUUUUACUCCAUGUUUGGUCAUGGAGAUCCUAUGCUCACAACCCAAGGAUGGUUGAUGCCGUGAGGAAGCUAUACAAAUGCAGCCUGGUCAAUCAUCAACAGAUGCGAGUCCUUUCCAAACUUAGGGAAAUGGAGAAUGAGCGUCAUAUAGCAAGAAGGGAAGCAGAGGUGUGCGAUCGAGGCCUUGGAAUUAUUUAUGAGCUCGAAUUUAUGAGGAGAAAGCUGGAAAAAACAGAUGACCUGAUUGCUGACCGGAUUCGUGAGAAGAGGGAGGUAAUCUCCAGUGAGUACGAGUCUCAAAUUCUUGAUAUGGAGCAGAAGUUGUUUACUCACAAGCAAAAUUAUACUCUUCUCAAACAUGAGCUCGGGACAAACAUGCUUGAUGCGCUUGGGGACAUCAGGAGAGAGGCCAUAGGCAGACUACUACACAGGCUGAAGGAUCAUUUCAGUAGCUUGGACGAUAACCUUAAGGAGAAGGUGGGGGACCAAGAACCCUUGAUUUAUCGGCUCCGAGUCCAAGAAGCACACCAUCAAGAAUCAAUGACCAAAUUGAAGGCGUACUUCAAACUCAAGAUGAUGACUUUUCACGGUAGGUAUCGAAGAAAGAUAAGGCAGAUUCAGAAGGAGAAGACAACUGCUGAUAUUGAGCAAUGGGAGGAGAGAGAAAAAAGGCUAGGAGAGGUGCAGGCCCUGAGAGAGCAGCUGGAAGCAGUCAGGAAUGCAUUGUUUGAGACGGAAGAUGAGCUCUUGAGCGUUGUCAGGGAGCUAGCAUACUCGACCCAAAACAAGGACAGGCUUCUCAAAUGGAAAAUGAAACAGCUGCAACUACUCUCUGACUUGAGAGACAAACUAAUGACUUCACCAAGAGGAGCUAUGGGAAAACCUGCAGAGCUGGUCAAGCAGCUGGAGGAGAAGGAUGUGCACAUCCGCUAUCUGGAAGGACUCAGGCAGCAAUGUGAACGGCAACAUUUAGCCCAGCUUGAGAAAGCGAACAAGGAUUUGGCGUUGAUGGAGCAGAAACUCAGGAGAGAAAGCCAAUUAAGGUGUGAGGCUAAUCUGAAGCUUGCAGCUCUGACUGCUGGCCAGGAGCCUCCUUCCAAGGUUAACGAUGAGCUGCUGAGGAAGUAUGUGGAUCUCGAGAACAAGUACCAAACGCUCCUUGUGGAAUCGCAGUCCAAGCAGAAGCUGAUUGACUAUUUCCAAAGCGUUCACCAUUCACCUGAGACUGUCACAGGACGAGUUGCUUGGGCUGCCACUCCUGCUCCCGCUGACGACAAGGCUGACAAGGCAGCAGGACCCAACUCUGCUAGGCAGCUACAGUCAUCCUCCUCUUUGAGUCGACUUCCCGGACCAUCGCCAGCACCAAUAUCUUCUAUCAGCAGGAAUGCAAGGCAGUACUACGUGAGCUCCAAGGGGAUUACCUUAUCAGCAGCUGGAACGAUCUAUACUUCAGGAUUAAAGACUGUGGAAAAAGUGACGGCCAAGACGGCGCCAAUGAGAUUUCUCGAUACCAAGCAUUCAUACCAGCUGUCUUGCGGCUAGGGGCCUCAAGUGUACCCCCUACAGUGCAUGUACGAAAACAACACGGGAAUGAUCAUCUGCUCCAUGCCAGAAG